AUGGAUGCUUUAAAAAAGCUUAAGGAAGAAAUGGCGAGGAAAAGAAAGCAGGUGGAAGAAAUACAAGGCGAGGUUGGAUUCAACUUAUGAAUUUUUGAAAUUGAGAUUUUCAGGCUGGUGGUACAAACAAGUUUUUCAAGAGAGCUGAUCUUCUCGCGAAAAAUGAAAAAGAAUACUAUGAGAAAAGUGAAGCCAAGCAGAAGAUCAAAGACGUUUGUUUUUAUUCUUUUCAAUUUGAAUAACCUCAUAUUUUUUUCAGGAGGCGAAGCAAUCAGGAUCUUCAACAGCAGAAGUACAAACUCAGAAAACGGAAGUGAAGCGGGUAUUUGAUGAAAGAAUUCCCAUGUCAGAAGUUCGCCGUCGGCUACGUUUACGUGGAAAACCUAUCCUUCUUUUCGGUAAUUUUUGCUACAAAUUUAUGAAAAUUUUGAGAUCGAAAAAUAUUUGAAAUUUGGUGUUUCUAGGAGAAGUUGACUUCGAUGUUAGAGAAAGAUUAUUCAAAUUGGAGCUGGAACAACCAGACAGUGAAGGAUCUCAAAACGAAUUGGCGGCAGCAAUGCAGGUCGUUGGCAACGAGUUGGAUAAGGUUUUAGAAACCAAAGAAAGGGAAAACGAUGAAUUCGAUUUCCAGGAAGUGAUAGAAGGAACAUCCGGGAAAGCAAGGCACGACGUUGCGCUUCCUUCUCAAUUUGACGAAAAUUGGGAGAAAAUCGAAAAGAGCUCUUCUUUGUUGGGAAUCGGUACUUAUAAUCCAUCCUGUUUAAAGUUCACGCUAUGGUGUUUUAACGAUCAUAGAAAGCGUUAAAAAAAGGCUUGAAGAGAAGAAAUUUUUUCAGUGUUUCAGGACAGGGCUCCUACGCCUUUGAAAACCGAAAAAAUUUUUUUAUCUGCUUCUUUUUUUCCAAAGCAAGAAAAGAAAAUUUUCAGGUGAUGACAAAAAAAGAGAUUGCGAUAUCGUGGCUUCCAUAUUGAAUUAUCUGCUUGCGCGAUGGGGAAAAGUUCUGAAUGAUCGGCCGGCUGACGUGAAGAAAACCCCGCAAGGUUUCUGGCCGAUUUUCACUCUAUUUACCAUACGCUUGUGUAGAAAAAAGCCAAUAUUUACUUUUUUAAGUAUUUUCGGUUUGAAUCCAUCCUGAAUAUCGUACAGUGACGCCAUUCGAAAACGCUCUCUGAUCGAUUAAUCGUGCUAUCAGGGGGCGGACCUUGACAUUCAAAAUCUGAACUUUAGGCCAGCUCGUUAAAAAUUUUUUUCUUAGCUCUUCAUCAACUUUCUGUUAAGGUCUCCACGAAGCGUCGGUUCACAAACAGACGAACAUGCAUUUGAAGCCGUUACUCACAAGUUUAGAGUCUUAUAACGUGAACAACGAUAUAAGACAUCACUUGGCCAAGAUUUGCAAGUGAGUUUUUUCUAAUUAUUCAGGACACCUUCUGCACUAUAUUUUUUUUUAGGACCUUGGUCAUUGAACGAAAUUACAUCGAAGCCAACAAUUUCUACAUGGAAAUGGCAAUUGGAAACGCUCCAUGGCCCGUGGGAGUCACGCGAUCAGGUAAGAAGUUUGAAAAAAUUGGAUAGACAAAGGAAAAUGUAAGAAAAAAGGAGAAUUUGAGGGCAAAACUGUAAUAAACGGCGGAGAAAGCCUCUUAGAGAUUGUACUGAUAAAAAGAUGUAAUGUUGUAAUGUUGAAGGUUUUUCCGCCCAUCGCGAAUGGUCCAUCUAUCUUUAGAUUUUAAUGGAUGGUACCGCCGCGUUGGCGGAUAGACUUUGCUUGAGUCAUCGUGUCUCGAAAUAAAAGUUUAUGGGGCUUCCUAAAAAAAAAUAAAAAAAAAAAAAGAAAAAAUUUGUCUAACAUGUUCACAGUUUACGCAAAUAACAUGAUCUGAAGGCCAAACAAAAACUUCUUAAUUUUGCUUUUAAAAGCUAAUAAAAAAUUGAAAAUAUUGUACCUGCAAUCUGUAUAAGUGGGCAAAACAAAUCAAAUCUUUAUAGUGUUUAAAAAAGUCGAAAUUUCAAAGAAACAAGUGUUUUCAAAAGAUCGUUGGUGAGAAAAACAGUUGCAUUGUUUUUUUAGGUCUCUAUGCCAAGAAUUCUGCGCCUUCCAAAAUUUCAAAUAGUUUCGGAGUAUCUUAUUGCUGGUUCUAUGGGCUGAAUUUUUUUUCAGAAAGAACUUAUUUUGAAGCGAUUCAAUUGAUGAAAAUGAACAGAGUAUAAUCAAUUUUAGUUGAGUUUUGUAUUUUCAGGUAUCCAUCAACGCCCCGGAUCUGCGAAAGCUUACGUCUCGAACGUCGCCCACGUUCUGAACGAUGAAACUCAACGAAAGUACAUUCAGGUUGCCUCUUUUUCCGGUAGUUUUGUCACAGCACACUCAAUUUUCAGGCGUUCAAAAGACUGAUGACAAAAAUGCAAGAAUAUUUUCCGACCGAUCCUUCGAAAUGCGUCGAGUUCGUCAAACGGCAAUGAAGAUUUCUUCUUUGUACAUACUCAAAUUUUUUAUUGAAGAAUAAAUUUGAUUUUAUUGGUUUUGUGGUUGAAUUUUUUUCUUGUUUCCGCUCGUGUCGGUUUUGAUCUUUAUUUGAUUUGAUUAUUUGAAUCGUCUUUUUCCAAAUAUAAUCUCAAUUUCUCUAUUUAUAGGUUUGUUAUGCUUUUUUUUAACAGCUUGAGCUCUAUUUAUUUAUUCUCUUUGGAUAUAGCUUUAUCUUUCGCGAAACCGUAAUGACGAGAUUUUUUUCCCAAUUUUUGGCCUCAAAACCAAAUUUUUAUGUCGUGCGGACGAAAUCAGUUUUCGGAAUAGUUAAUUGAGAAAGAGAGCUGAUUGACUACAAUUAAAUUGAAUACAAUCUUGAAAAUUGUUUCAACUUCUUCUCUGCAUUGUUUUUGUAACAUUUCAAAUUGAAAUUCAGUUUCAUUUUCAUGGUCAAAGUCAUUUUAAAAGUUUGAAAAUAAGAAGUUUUCUUUUCACAGUGAAAAAUUACCUUUACAAUUUUUACUCAAUAACUUGUUGGAUUUUUGUGUUGUUUUUUUCAAUUUGAAGAUUUUCGAUUCUUUUUUGUGUUGACGCCCACGUCUUUGAAUCAGAAAAAAAUAAAGCAAGAAAAUCAAAAAUUGGAAAAGAACGAGUGAAAAAUGGUUCCUAUCGUCCUCACCACUUUGCUCAUCUUCUAGUCUGUUCAGAAAUCAUUACUUCGGUCACGGCUCAAGCUCCGCCCCUAAUUGCGCGAAAAACCAAUCAGAGUGGGAGCCAUCCACAGAGCGCUUUCGAAUGACGUCAUUUUACUUGAAAUUCCGAAUCUGAAUAUACUAUAUCUCUUCCGAAUUCGCCAUUUUUUCAGGCUAACUAAGAUGUCGGAGUUUGACGGAGGUGGAGAAGUAGAUGAGGUCGAGAUGGUCGACUUGGACGAGGAAAUCGCCAAAACCAAGAAAAGGGUGAUUAAUUAUUUGGAGAAUCAUUUUCAAACUUUUAUUUUUCAGCUCACGAAGAAUUCCUAUGACAUCAGAGCGAGUAAUAUACUGAUCGAUUUAUUGAGGAAAAAUGGCGACUUUGAGGAGGUUUUUCCUGGAAUUUAAACCUUUUGAAAUGAAUUUUUCAGUUGCACGAGUUCCGCAAGAAGUUCGUCGAAUGGGGUCCUCUCAGUUCCAAACUUUGGAUCGACUGGAUCAAGUUUUUAAAAUCCAUAGAAAAUUAUAAAUUUGAGUGUUCAGGGAUUUGCGAGACAGCGACGCUUCAAAGGAAACCAUUGAGGAGCAUUUUGAACGCGCCAUUCUGGACAACAAUUGCUUGAACUUGUGGGUCGAGCGGAUUUGUUGGGCCAGCAGCAUUGGAUCGGAUUUCGCGCGAGAGGUUUUCAUGAAACGGAAAAACAAAUGAGAGUUUAUCUUUUUCAGAAAUGUGAAGAAGCAAUUUCGGCAAUCGGAGCGCGGUUCGACGUCGGCGGAGCUGUGUGGCAGGCUUAUAUCGACAUCGAAAGCGUUCUUUAUUCAAGUUGGUUUUUAUCGGGAUAAUAUCGGGCAUUUUGUGGGACAUCAAACAUAACCUUCGUUAAUUAAGAUUAAGUGUACUAAAAAUCUGAUUUCACAAGGUUUUUAGUAGCAAGUUGUGUUUUUAGUAACCCAAGGCUUUGUCACUUCAAAAUAAAGAAAAUUUUUACGAAUUUUCUAAAAAAAAAUGAACUUAUGUUCAGUAUCGAUCGGUUUGAACUAUAACCUAAUCACAACUUUUUCAUCGUGAUGUUUUUUUAGUGGUAGUAUCAUUUUUUAAGGGAAUAGGUGCUUUGUUGAAAUCACAACUCCGAGAUAUUCAAAAAAAAUUUUUCAAUUUUGAGUGGUCUUGCAGGCUUUUCAUUUUUUUUAAUAUUGUACCUUGUUUCGAAACGCAAAUAGUAUUUUUUUGAAGUCUAUUGUUAGCCACUUUAUCCGUAAAAAAACAUAGUUAACGUCAAAAAUUCCUGGUUUUUACUUUCUAAUCCGGAUUCAUUCUAGAAUCCUUUUCUGAAAAGUUAUAAAACUUUUGAAAUCAAAAAUUACAGAACUUCGAUCUCUUUUUUCACUCAAUUUUUUUUUCUAUGCGAGUUUUCCAUAUUUUUUUUCACGAAUUUUGAUCUCUCUAUUUUCAGAUGAACCAUCGGAAGCUCAGAAGGCGCGCCUUUUUUCUGUGAUCCUGAGAGCCCUCCGCGUUCCGACCGUCGACAUCAAAGACAUUUUUCACAGCGCGAUUCCGCUUUUUGAAGGUUGAAAAUAUUAUGAUAGGUCAUUAUAAAGUUAGAAAAAUAGUACAAGUCUAAAGGAAAUUUGAGCCACAAUUUUGUCGAACCGUAUUUUUUUUACCUAAAGUAUAGUCAAAAAAAUUGUUUCAUUAUAUUUUUCAGAAAUGGGAAUGACGGCGGAAGAAUUCGAGAAGUAUCAGAACGCCUACGACGCAACCUGGAAAAUUGUGCACCUUCUGAAGCCGUACGAAAUGAAAAUCGCCGAUUCUGAAAACGAUAAAAUGGCGGCCAAAGCUUUCAGCGAGUAUAUGGAGUUUGAACUCGGUAAAGGAAAUUUUCAAGACCAAAGAAUAAAUUUUUGUGUAGGAAACGGUGACCCAACACGCAUUCAAACUCUUCAUGAGAGAAUCGUCGAAACUUUUCCCGACAACGAAGAUUCCUGGCUUCAGUAUGGACUCUGGUGUGAACAGCACUUGAAAAUCCACAAGGUAUACAUUUUUUUUUUUUUUGAAAGUUUAGUCUAAUCUAUGCGUUGAAGUUAGAAAAAUUUAUAUUCUUAUCGGAUCCUUAGUUUUUCUUGGCGGCUGUGAAAAAUGGAAAAAUAUACAUUUUUUUCCAGCCUUGUGUGAGCCUUAUUUCUUUUAUCAUGGAAAAAAACUUUUCAGAAAAAUCCUGUUAUAAAUCCUGUUCAUUCCAUUUUUUUGCAACUGUGAUUUAUAAAGAUGAUUUUUGAAUUCAUAAUUGAAUGUUUUAAAAAAAGUUGUCUUUUUGAAUUUUCCCUUCUUAACUUCAUUCUUAGCGUCUCGGAAGGUCUCGAUUUUUUUAAAGCGAAAACUUUGGAAAGAAAAUGGGGAAAUUUAUCAAACCAGAUAAGAAAUUGAAUUUGUAAAAAAGAGUGCUUGCGAUUUUUUGAAUUAAUCUUUAAAAGUUCCUAACACCGUUCCGAUUUUUAAUGGAGUAUCUGUUUUAAGGUCGACCCUGCAUACACAGGCAAAGUCCAAUUGAUCUCAAAAAGGCCUUAAAAAGAUUAGUCUGAAUCUCUUUUUUGAGUUCCUAUAAAGGUGUCAAAUAUUUCUCGGGAUCUCCUUUCUUUCGUCUUUUUUCCGCCUUAUUCUUUUUUACUCCUCAAAGGGUCAUUUUCAUAAAAAAGAUUUCGAAAAAAAGGUACCUUUGAGACCUUUUGGACUUUGCCCGUGCAAUGCUAUCGGUUGUAAAUAAAUAUAUCAGAUUGGUUUUUCAGGAAUGAGAAGUGAGAUUUCAAUUUAAAAAGUAGCUUUGAAGAAAAAUGACAAAGUAACGAGUUUUCUUAAGGUCACCUGCCGCACCUACGAAAGAGCCGUCAGACAGUGUGCCUACAGCUGCGCUCUCUAUCAACAGGCUUUGCUGGCCUUUGAAAGAGCCGGCGAAUCCGCGGAACGGAUCGACGCCCUCUGGAAAAGCGCCAAGACCAACGCCAUAGUGUACAUUUUCUCCGAAACUAUUCUGAGCUCAUUUUUGGUCUUCAGGUGCGCCGACUACGGUAGAGCCCUCUACCGUACCUACAUUUACCUGGUCCGACGUCGAGUCACCCUUUCUGGAAGUGAUGAUCAUUCUGCAGUCAAGAAACUUUUCGAAGAGGGCGUCACGGUAAUUUAUAGAUUUAGGCCUAAAUAAAUUUUCUUUUUCAGCUGCUACGCGAGUAUUUCCCAAGAGAUUGGGACCUGAAAGGAGAGUUCCGACGAAAUAUGGCUCGGUUCUACGCGACUUAUGGCCGUGAUUACCCUACUGUUCGUAAUUAGUUGUUUCAUUACUGUGGGCAGAUUUUUCAGAUUGCGCAUUUUAGUUAACCUCAUUUUAUUACCCACGCCAAUCAAUCAAUUGCCGAGACGCUUCUUAAGAACGGGCCCUUAAAGGUUCCCCUCCAGGGGCAACUUUAGUUACCCCUUUAGUUAGUGGGCUCUCUAGGAUGUUUGUUAGUCGUCUCUUUUUAUAAAAUCUAUGAGAAGAAUAAUUUUAAUGCAAAAAAAUUAUCAAGUUAGCGCUUUUAAAAUGAAAAGGAUAUCAACAGAGGGUUAAAGUUUCAUUGAAUGCGUCUUUUACAUAUUUCAAAAAAAAAAAAAUAAAGUUAACAGAUUCUCUUGUAGAAACCACCUAAAUUUUACCACUAUAGAGAGCAUUUUUUUCGCCCUUUAUUGGGUUUGUUUUUCCUCUUGAAUACUAUAGCGAUCACUCUGGCGUUCCUAUUUUUUUAUGAUUUUAUGAUGGAAGAACCUUUUUAAGGUUUCAUAGCAGCAUUCAAUACUUUGAUUAUAUUUUAUUAAUAACUGUUAGAAAUCUGCUUCUCUGUCUGCGUCAUUCAAUCCCUAGCUGAAAUUGGAUAUAUAAUAAAGCCUAAUUUAAUAAUGAUAACAAUCAUUAUUAUUGCAGGCGCGUAAGAUUUGGGAAGACAUUUUGGCAUCCGGUUUCGGGGCCAACGCCGAAAAGUGGAUCGAAGCGAUCACUUUUGAGCGACAGUUUGGGGACAACGAGCACGCGAGAAAAUUGCUCAACAAGGUUAAUUUCUUUUUCCUCUUUUAAAAAAUUUUCAAAAUCUUUCAGGCUUUGAACUCUGUCGCUGAUCAUCCCCACGAUAUCUACGAGUACUACGUUCAGUUCGAGCGCGAAGAGGGUUCUCUUGAAGAACUGGACAAGGUUCUUGAAAAGGUUUGAAGGAAAAUAGUGGAGGAUCUGGAAAAAAAACCGAUUUUUUUAGGUUUCAUCUCAAAUCGCUCACCGAGCCGCCCGUCCGCAGAAAAAAGAACAGCCGAAGGCUGUCGGCAAGAAAGACAAGGUUUCUAUUUUUUUUCGAAUUUGAAGGGAAAUAUUUUCUAUAUCCGUAUAAACGUUUGAAAAAAAUGAUAAUCGCAUCUAAAAAAAUUUAUAGAAAAAUUUUAAAGUUUUAUAAAGUUAUUCCCAUGUCGAAGAGACCUUCAAGCCUUCCUAAAAACGGGAGCAGAAAUUUCGGAAAAAAACGCUAAUUGUUUGAUUUUCCUUCUAUAGUUUACUCUACUCAACGUUAGAUUAAUUAUCAUAUAGUCUGUUAUUCGCGACUUGAAAGGGCGAGACUUCUCUGCGCCCUCCUUAUCUCUCGAGGUCUUUCUCCUGUUUACGUGCUUUUUCCAUGUUUCUCUGACCUCGCCGGUGAGGGAACAGAGAGACGCAGACACGCGAAAACUGUCAAGUUGCCGCGGACAGACUAUAGAAACAAUCAUCUAGCUUUUGAAAUGCAAGAAAGGACAUGGGAAUGAAAUUCGUCUCAAGAGAUAUUAUUAUUAAAAUUCGGUUAUUAUUCCAUAACUUCCUCAGUUUAAUUGGAAUUUUGACAAUUAUCUUAGACUUUUCAAAAAGCGUUUAUUCCUUGUAUGAUUUUAUACUUUUGCAGGUAAAGACGCCAAUAGGAAAGGCGACGGCGAAGAGAGACUCGCCUUCGAUUUCCGACGAAUCCAUCAGAGUUUCCGUCGCGAAAAAGAUGCGAAUUGAUACGCCAGAAGAGCGACAGACACCCGCGACGCCUCCUCUCGUCAUUGACGCCGACGGAUUCGCCAUGCCCACUUUGCCGGCCAUCAGAAAGGUUAGUACCUUCUAGGAACGAAAAUAAACGAGAGCAUGAUUCUCAUCUUACACCUUGAAUCUCAUUUUGGGGCUCCGAAAUCUAGAAAGUUUGAAAGUUGACCCCUUAUUUCGAUCUACAGCGGCUCGCAUAAAACUUUAAAAUUCAUCAAAAUGUUUUCUGCGAAUGUUUUUUUCAGACAUUAUGAAGUUUUUUUAUCAUUCCAAAAAAAGCAUGAAAGUAGUGUUCAAAAAUAUUAACAAAAAGUUAAUAAAGUUGGAAAGAAAAAUAAUAAGAUUUUUGAGCGUAUUUAAUGAAGAUGUAUGUCUUGAAAUCCAAAGUUUUUUUCAUUCCACCCGCCAUGAAAAAAUACAAAUAUUUGAGUGAAUGAAGAAAGUUUGCAAGCCAUGAGAUUUGAUUUUUUACAAAGUUUUCUCUGAAAAUCAACAAAUAAAAAAACGUGUUGAUUAUCAUAGAGUUGAUGCCACAGUAAAAAGUAUUUAGGCGCAGACUUGUUCUGUGCCAUUUGGAUUUAGGCUGGGUUGGAAAAAAAAGGCGUUAUGAUAACUUUUUCCCUAAAUGAAAUAUGUUGUAAAAUUAUCUUUUGUUUCUGACCACUUCGAAAAUGUUCAGAUCAAGGAAUGAUCAUCAUUUUCAGUCUUCUUCCGGCUCGAGCAGUCCAGUCGCGUCGCCGUCUUCUCCCGGCCGUGCCGCCCUUCCUCAUUCGCCAAACCAUUCGCCGAAAAUCGCCACCGCCGCGAAUACUGCGGUCCCUUCGCGUCGCCUUGAGCCCGACGACAAGGGGCAGUACACUGUCUUUAUUUCGAACCUCGACUUCAAGGCUACCGAAGAGGAUAUCAAGAGUGUAAGUUUUUCAGAGUGUUUUCAAAAAAUUAAUCGACAAUUCACAGAUCAAAGAACGGUUUCUAGGGAUUGAAAGGUAUCUAGAAAAAUUAGAUAAGUUUUUUUUAUUUUGCUGCUCGAUGCUUAUUUUUUUACAAGUACGUGUUGCUUUCUCAAAUAUUUAGGAGUUUUAGAUCUCUGAAAAGUGAAAUUGCCCUAAACAUUUUCAAAAAAAAGUUCUUUAAAAAAACUUUAGUUUUCUGCUCCUCUUUCAUUUACUUUUUAACAGUGGGAGUAAUUUUUUUAAAAUAAGCUUGAGUGUAAAAAAAAACAAACCUAAAAAAAAUUUUCAAUGAAUAAUAUUGUGUAAAGGGGGUAAGGUUUGAGGCCCGACAUAAGAGAUUUGAAAAAAAUUUAAUGUUUUCACGAAAAAAAAAAUUCCCUAAUGAAUAUUUUGGCUCAAAAAGGAAAAUUUCACAUUUUUAGGUACUGGAUGGUGUGGUCGAAGUUCGGUUCGCGAUGCGUCCAGGUUCAAAAGUCCCAAACAUGCACCGCGGAUUCGCCUAUGUCGCUUUCGAAAAAGAGCAAAAAGCUAUCGAGGCUCUCGACCGUGAUCGCGCCCCAUUGAAUGGACGUCCCAUGUUUGUGAGUUCAUAAAUAAUUAACUUUUUGGCUUGAAAAUCUUUAAACACCUUUUCCAGAUCUCGGAGAACAACCCAGAAAAACGUGUCGGCUUCAAGUACGCGACUGGCUUGGAGAAGAACAAGCUCUUUAUCCGCAAUUUACACCUGAGCGCUACGGAGGAUGAUGUCAAGGUAUUUUUUAAGAAAAAGUGUUUUUGGGUCUCAUAAAGUACCAGAAGAGAGGAAAACCUGGUAGUUUUUUUCAAAAAAAAAAUCGAAUUUUAAAAAUAGAGAAGUCGAGUGAUUUUCUGCAAUUUUAAUCAAAAUGCAAGUGAAAUAUUGUCAUAGAGAACUAUUUUGAUGGAUUUUCAAAAAAUUAAAGAUGAAUAAAAGCAAAGAAAACUGCUUUCAGGGACUUUUUGCGAACUUCGGAACGGUGACCAGCGUUCGCCUGGUCAAACACAAGUCAGGACAGCCGAAAGGAGUCGGAUACGUCGAUUUCGAGACGAACGAAGCCGCCGAGAAAGCCCUGAAAGCUGAACAAAUCGAACUGAUGGGUAAGUUUGAGGAAUGGAUAUAUCCUCGGAAAAUUUAGGUUUUAGCGCAGAAAUAGAAGGACUCUAGUAGGACCUUCAGUGAAAUUCUGAAUAGCAUCUUAGAAAUCGACUUCUUGAAGUGUUAGAAAAAUUUUAACUUCAGAGAAGGUAACUUUUUGAGUCAGAUUUUGCUAAUAGACGGUUUCCCACGAUUUUUAAAUUUUAUCCCAUUCUUAAGUUCAAGCUUUUUGACCCAAGAAACAGUAGAGUGAUUUGUAUACUUCAUACGUAACUUUUGGUACUAUUAAGAUCACUCGGACAUGAAAAAAGGACUUUUUUUGUCGUGAAAAGAGCGAUUUUUGGCGUUUUUUUUUCCUGGCCGCUUCUGAAUAAUGUUUUCUGCAAAACUGAGUUAUUACUGAAAAGAAAAUUUUGCAAUUUUUCACUUUCCCUCAAUUUCAGCUUUAAAUUGAUGAGUUUUUUCAGGCAGAAAGUUGACAGUGGCUCUCUCGAAUCCGCCGAAGAAGGGCGAAAAACGUGAGCCCCCGGCAUCGCUGGGCGCUGGAAACGCAGAGACGGCGGCGGCGAUGUCGCGGAAGCCGCACAGCAGCGUCAUCUCGUUGGUUCCCAGGAACGCGCGGCCCUCCGUCGUCAAAGGUUCAGCGAUAUCGCCAUCUAGAUCUCAUAGCUUUAUUUUUACAGGAGCCAAGGCCAAAGGAAACGUUGUAUCAGACAUUGAGAUCACCGAAGAAAUCAUGACGCCAAUGUCCAACGCCGACUUCCGCAAAUUCAUGGGGAAAUGA